CUCGCCUUUUCUGUCUCGUGCCUCCUCGUUUUUAAGACAAGCCAGUCGAUCGGGAUGGAGUGAGAACCACCACGAGAAAGAGAUGGGAGCAACGGAGCUCAAGAAUGGCGACGCGCUAUCGGCCAUAGAAGAAUCCUCGGAGCAGGAGAAGGACGAGCGGAAGCAACCGGAAGCUGACCACCUGAUCCCGUUCUCCCCUGUCACCAUCGACAUCUCCCUCCCGCUCCACCAAAUGCGGCCCCAUAUAAUAUAUUUGUGCAAGGCUUUGUUUAAGAAGUGGUCACCUCUUGAUGAAUCUGUUUUCUCGAUAGAGACAGUUUCUGGUGGCAUCACAAAUCUUUUGCUGAAGGUUUCUGUAAGAGAGGAUACUGUCAAGAUUGAUACUGUGAUUGUUAGGUUGUAUGGCCCCAAUACGGAUUUAGUGAUUGACCGCAAGCGAGAGUUUCAGGCCCUACCACAUAUCUCGGCUGCCGGAUUUGGUGCAAAAUUACUAGGAUGGUUUCAGAAUGGCAUGGUUCAAUCUUUCAUUGAUGCUCGAACACUUUCACCAUCAGACAUGAAAAAUCCUAAACUAGCUGAGAAGAUAGCUAGACAACUUCGUGGCUUCCAUCAGGUGGUGAUACCGGGAUCUAGAGAACCACAAUUGUGGAAUGACAUAUUCAAGUUUCUUAAUGAAGCGGAGACACUAAAAUUUGACAACAAUGAGAAGCAAGCCACGUAUGAAUCAAUAUCAUUCAAUGAGAUCCGUGCUGCAAUCGAUGAAGUCAAGAAUAUGACAGACCGUUUCAUAGCCCCAGUUGUCUUUUCCCACAAUGACUUGCUGUCUGGGAAUUUGAUGUUCAAUGACAAACAAGGGAUACUAUACUUCAUUGAUUUUGAGUAUGGAUCAUACAAUUAUAGAGGCUACGACAUUGCAAACCACUUUAAUGAGUUUGCAGGCCUUGAAUGUGACUUCAACUUAUAUCCGGAUAAGUAUACACAGUAUCACUUCUUCAGGAAUUAUCUAGACUCUGACAAACCAUAUGAGGUACCCAUCAAAGAUCUCGAAGCCCUUUUUGUCGAAACAAAUACCUUUAGACUGGCAUCUCACAUUUAUUGGGCUCUGUGGGGUGUUAUCCAGGCAAAGGUAUCCCCAAUCGAUUUUGAUUAUCUCGGCUACUUCUUCAGGCGAUUUAACGAGUUCAAGAAACAGAAGGAAACAUGCUUCUCUCUUGCAGGCAAGUAUCUCUAUAGUUCCAGCAGCAUUUGAAAGUUACACCACCACAACAACAAAUCAAAUGAUAGCGAGCAUGCCACAAAUCUUAUUAGAUGUACUAAGUUUCCUCAUUUCUAUUUAUAGCCACAUGAAACCCUAAUCCAUCUAUUGGAUUCCUUGUAGCCAUUGCUUGUAACCAAAAAUAGAUUCUAUUAUCCUCUAGUGGCAAUCAAUAAAAUGCUAUUUGGUUGUGUGA